AUGAGGAAUCGGAUUGCACGGAAGCUAAGCGGGCUUUCAGGAAUUUCCGAGAGUGACUUGUGGAUUGCUCUCGUCGUCUUGCUCCUGGCCUGCGCCGCUCGUGGCGCAUGUGGUUGUGACGCCAACGGACCUGCCAUCAUGCAUGGCAACGGCAGCAGCAGGAGCCAUGUCAUCCCGCAUGGCAACGGCUGCAGCAGGAGUAAUGCCAUCCCGCAUGGCAACGGCAGCAGCAGAGAUGUGUUCAUGCACGGCAACGGCAGCAACAGUCACAUGGUCAUGCGUGGUCAUGGCAGCAUGGGGCAUCGGAGGCAGCUGCAGCUGGUGGGGCAGGUGAAGGCCUUCGAAGCCGAGCUGCAGUACUACGUGCCUGUGCCCAUCCGGACCCACCGUGAGAGGGCAAACCUGCUGGUCGAGCCGCUAGGCUUCGCGUUCAACUCGUCCAAUCAGCAGCGAGUGCUGCUGCACUACCUGGAGCACGACCCCAAUGCCCCGCAGCUGAUGCAGCUGCAGAAUGUGUAUGUGACGGCCAAGGGGGUUGUGUUCAACCGCACCCACGGCUUCGUGCGGCCAGGCUGCGGUCGCUUCAAUGAGAUAUCCUACUCAGCAGAGCGGCAGGUGCACGUGCCGCCGGCAGCGUUCCGCUGGGCGUACUCGCAGGGCUUUAACUUCUACCACUUUAUCGUGGAGACCAUGCCGCUCUUCCUAGUGGCCGCACCGCUGCUGCCUCACAUCCUGCCCUCCAUCCCCAUCCUCGCUGAAACCAUGCAGGUGAGUCUUUGA